ACACAUAUGUUUACGUUAGUCAACGUAGCUCUUUUGAUCUAUGAUUACCUGCUUACGCUAUGUCGCGAGAUUCGUCUCAUCUGGACCUGCAAAGCUGUCGGGGUGAGAUGCAUGUUCUUCCUCAACCGUUUCGUCACGGUGGCUUUGGGAGCUACGAGUAUAUCAUUCACCUUUUCCUUCGGCACCGCUUCGGUACGUUGUGUCGCUUUAGGGAAUAACUUCACUCCGCUGACAGUGAUUGUGCAGAAGUAUGACUCCUGUUCAGCCCUUCGCGUCCACGCUGUCAGCGACCGUAACUGGAGACUAUCAAUGCUGACAUUGGUACUAGGUUUGGUACCAUUGGGAAUGGAGCUUGUCAGUCCCCUUUAUCUUCAUUGA